AUGGAACCAAGUCCAACACUCGUAGCCCAGAAACUCUCUAACAUGAUACGAGUAGCUUUCUUAGUGAUCCAAAAUGGUAUCUCUAAGACCAAGUUCAUGCUUCAUCUCCACCUCAUUAUAAAACGUGGGAAGAUCUUAGCAAAGGCCUUGAAUGAUCUCUUGCUAGAGCAUGAAACUUCUCUAAGCUGUCGCUCACAUGACUUGCACAUGUCAUUUGUGUCUCCUGCUGUGGCUGUUGGCUGUAGACCACAAGACGUGCAUAUGUCAUUUGUAUCUCCUCGAGACUACGAAUUCAGUUGCAGUAGCACUCCAAGUUAUCGACCCUACAGGCGCAGAACCCAUUAUAAUCACCGCAAAGACAAGGGAUAUUACGGAGACACACGCUACCACGCGCCACCGCAUGCAUGGAAUGAUGUGGAGUCAGAGACUGGAGAUGUGACGGAGGCGUCUGUUAAUAAUUUGGUGGGUAGGGGAUUUGGGUGGAGCCCGGUGGUGAGAGAGGUAAGGAUAACAGAUUCGCCAUUCUCUGUAAGAGAUUCUGGUGAUCGUGAAGAUUGUCCGGUGGACAAAGAAGCUGAGAAAUUUAUCGAGAGGUUUUACAAGGAGUUGAGGGUACAGAAGCGGAUGGCUGCACGUGAAGCAGCUAAUAGAAACAUGAUUUGA